CAUGAACUUUCCUGUUUCACAGAUCUAGACUUGUGUAUCUGUAACUGUGAUUCUAUUAUUUCGUUCCUUUCCUGUUCUUCCAAGUUUGUUGAGGAAUUUUCACUGAAUAACUGAAAAUGGAAGGAGGGAUGAAUGAUUCUGGAAUCGUUGUUGAAGUACACAGAUCAAAUUGUGACUUCAGAAUUGACGUGGAAAAUUUGAAACAGAUUCCUAGUAACGACAUGAGUGAGACCUCUAGUGGAAAUAGUUCUGGGUCUGAUUCGAGAAUGGACGAAGUGAAGAAAAUCGAUAGUAAAAGUGAGACACCUAGUGACGAAUUAAAUGAUUCUCUGCCUCCUUAUUCUGCGGUUAUCUCGAAUGAAAGCAGUGAUAUGUUGCUUAGUUUGGGAUCAGUCGAAAAUGGAAAAAAAGAUAAGAAAACUCCAAAUUGUUGUUUGCAUGCAAUUACGAUGACUAUUCUUGCAAUUGGGAAUUUUCUCCAAGACCACAAGACAAUAGUUUAUCGUGUUUUGACGGUUUUGUUCAUCUUUUGGAAUCUGAUAUGGUUGGUUGUCGCUGCUGUGAAAGAUUGGACUCGUUGUUUGCCGUUUUUCGUUAUUAUAUGUCUGAUAAUAUUCUUCUCAAUGUAUGGCUACAUUCGAGACCGUUUUGGCAACAAUAUCAUUAAAAGCUUUCGUCCAUGCACUUCUGGAUUCAGUAGUUGCUCACAAUAUAUGAAAUGGUUUGCUUUGGUUCUCAUUAUAGCUGCUUUAACGAUUUGGAUUAUCUUCGACACAUCCAAGCGUCCGUUUCAACUCAUCUCGAUGGUUGGAUACUUGGUUUUCUUAUUCAUUUUGUUCGUGUUCUCAAAAACUCCAGAACAUGUGAUAUGGCGACCAGUUAUUUGGGGAUGUGGAAUUCAAAUCUGUUUAGGAUUGUUCAUUCUUCGUACAAAUGCUGGUUUCUCAAUCUUCAAUUAUCUUGGUGAUUUAGUGCAAACAUUUUUAGGCUUUGUGACUAGUGGAUGCAAAUUUGUUUUCGGGGACAAGUACGUCGAUCACUAUUUCGCACUCGGAGUUUUGCCGAUUAUCAUCUACUUCAGUGCUUUUAUAUCAAUCCUCUACCACUUGGGGGCGAUGCAAUGGGUCAUAUCAAAAAUCGCAUGGGUGAUGCAAAGUACCCUCGGAACAUCUGCAACAGAGUCUAUGGUUGCCGCCGGUAACAUUUUCGUUGGACAAACGGAAUCACCUUUACUAAUCCGACCUUAUAUUAAAGAUCUUACUACGUCAGAAAUGCAUGCUGUAAUGACUGCUGGCUUCGGCACAAUCGCUGGAAGUGUUUUGGGUGCAUAUUUGGGAUUCGGAAUCAAAGCUGUUUAUGUUAUAACAGCCUGUGUCAUGGCGGCACCGUGUGCUUUAGCAGUAUCGAAGCUGAUGUACCCAGAAACAAAAAUAUCUAAAUUCACGUCAGAUGAGGCUUUAGUUUUGGAAUCAAGCGGGCAUCGCAAUGUCAUCGAGGCAGCAUUUGUAGGAGCUUCUCAAGCUAUUCCGCUUGUAUUAAACAUAGGAGCGAAUCUAAUCGCAUUCAUUGCUUUGCUAGCUGGUGUGAACGCUUUCCUCGGUUGGUAUGGAAGUCUGGUUGACAUUGAGAACUUAAGUUUUGAAUAUAUAUGCUCCUAUAUAUUUAUGCCUUUCUCCUAUCUGAUGGGAAUCGAAUGGGUAGACUGUUUCAAGUGCGCGGAACUUAUUGGAACGAAGAUUUUCCUGAACGAAUUUAUCGCUUACGAGAAGUUGUCGGUGCUCAUUGAUAACAAGGCAAAUGGAACACUCCCUAGGGUUUCAGACUCUGGUGACAUCCAGUGGAUUAGCGACCGUUCCGAAGCAAUUAUCACAUACGCUCUAUGUGGUUUUGCCAAUAUUGGAUCACUUGGUAUAAUGCUUGGUGGGCUUGGAGGAAUGUGUCCGGAGCGCCAAGGUGAAAUGGCAAAAAUAGUCAUCCGCGCGUUAAUCUGCGGAAUAUUUGUCAGCUUUUUAAAUGCAUGUACUGCUGGCUUUUUCUAUUUACCAUCUGAGGUGAAUUGCACAAAAGUGUUCACACGUCACUGGCAUUCGUCAGAGUUAGAGCACAUACAUCAAUGCUGCGUUCACUUUAACACAACAAACUUUAACACAACUGUUGUUAAUUCAACUGAUAUCUUUAGUGAGUGUUGCAGCACGAACUGGCCCCAUGGUUUUGCAUUUAUAGAAGGAUGCUAGCGAUUGGGAAGGAGCUGCUUUAGAUAGCUCAGUCAUGUAUUUGUUGCUUUGAAUUUAUUUUCAGUGACUGGUAACGUCACUUCGAAAUUUCUAGCUCUGAUGGGAGUUGGAAUGGGCAAUUCAUGGAUGAUUUACUUACAGUUUGAAAGAUUGAAUUAGCUGGCUAACUAUUAAUAUGUAUCACUGUUAUAUUUUCAUGAAUUAUUUGAAGAAAUAUCUGAACUAUAAUCACCUAAAAAUCCUUGGUCAUGAGUUUUGAAUUGCAAAGUGUCUUAAAAUUUUGUUAUCUUUUCCAAUUUUUUGCUCAAUUUAUUUUGUCCCAUCGUUAGAAUAUGCUUGAUGAGCAAUUGCUUCAUGUUUUAUCGUUUCGGAAACAUUCUUAUUCAAAGCACUGUGUUUUUAGCAGUGGUUUAUUUAUUUGUAAAUAGUAGCUGCUUUGAUGUUUUAAAAUGAAAAAAAAAAAAUAGCUUGAAACAUGCUUGCUUCUCUUUUUUUAAAAUGUGGUGCCGUUUUAGUUUUUAAUAACGAACUACCUCUGGCAUGAAGUUUGCCAAAAUUGCUAAAACAGAGAAAAUGGCAACGGUCAUUAAAUAUUUUCGGUCUUUUUCAAAUUUUGGGAUUUAAAGAAAAAAUUUUCAACAAUUAAGAAAAUAAAAUUCACUAUCGUUUGGUAAAUUCUUGAUCCAGGUGUUAUAAAUCUAAAUUUAAUGUAAGGACAAAAAUGUUUUUUUAUCAAUUUUUUGGAACUAGUGUAAUUAAAAAAUUGUGUAUUGUGAUUUAUUGCACAAAAUAUUACUUUUGCGAAGUUUUAAAAUUGAUUAUUUCGUAAUAUUUUUUUGCUCAUAAUCAAGGCAUUAUAUAUCACUGGUUAC